AUGGCGAUCAACCCAUUUGGCGAGCUCACGCCAUACUUCGUCUACCUCCUCCUGACAGCAACCCUCGGGCCUCUCCUCUUCGGCUACCAUCUUGCCGAGCUCAACGCGCCGCAGGAAGUCAUCACCUGUGCAAAGAAGAGCAUCGAUGCAUCAACGUUCGCCCGUGUCAAGUCUAUCCUCGCAGCGAAGACUACCGCAUCGACAGGAACACUACCGCAAUGCAUUCCCAUGAGCCCGGUGGAGUUCGGCUUGGUGUCCUCCUUCUUAACACUGGGGGGUCUUAUCGGAGCACUUUCAGCAGGUCCAGUCACGGCUAAGCAAGGCAGACUGCGUGCCAUGAUCUACUCAUCCAUAUUCGCAGCCAUUGGUCCGAUCUUCGAGGCUGCUGCACCAAACAUCACUGUGCUGACUAUAGGACGCUUCAUAUCUGGAGUAGGAGCAGGAGCAGCCACGGUCGUCGUACCCAUCUACAUCAGCGAGAUCUCACCUCCACAUAAGAGAGGGUUCUUUGGCGCCUUCACCCAAAUUCUGACCAAUUGCGGUAUCCUCAUCACGCAAGCCUUGGGACUCUUCCUCAGCAGAGGACAACUAUGGAGGAUCAUACUAGCUGUGGGCGGAGCUAUAGCUGUGGUACAAGCAGUCGGCCUGGUGCUAGGAGGACAGGAAAGUCCAAAGUGGCUAGCGGAGAACGGACAGCCAUCAAAGGGAAAGAGCAUACUCAAAAAGAUCAGAGGCGACGGGCCAGAUAUCGAAGAUGAAAUGUCCAGCUGGAACAUCAGUGCAGGCCACCAAGUCGAUGGCGAAGAGGAACGACUCCUCGGACAACCCACAAACACCAACCUCAACUCCAGCCUCGGCGUCUUCGGCGUGCUACAACACCCCGAUACCCGUCCCGCCGUCAUCGCCGUAGUGAUGAUCAUGGUCGGCCAACAAUUCACCGGCAUCAACAGCAUAGUCAUGUACGGCGUCGGGCUCCUCUCAGACCUCCUCGCCGCCAACUCCGCAUACCUCAACGUAAUCGUCGCAGGCGUCAACGUAAUCAUCACCACCUCCUGCGCACCCCUCUCAGACCGCUGGGGUCGCAAGACAUGUCUCCUAAUCUCUAUCUCCGGUAUGGGAAUCAGCAGCAUCCUCCUCGCCAUUGGAAUCAUGCAGUCGAUCAAAAUCUUGAGCGCGAUCUCAGUCGUCUUGUUCGUGGCAUCGUUCGGGUUUGGCUUGGGACCUAUACCUUUCAUCCUCGCGGCGGAGCUUGUGAAUACUGAAGCUGUGGGUGCUACGCAAUCGUGGGCGUUGGCGGCGAAUUGGAUUGCUACUUUCAUCGUGGCGCAGUUCUUCCCGCUACUGAACGAGAAGAUGGGGAAGGGGCAGGUAUACUUCAUUUUCGCUGCUGCUGCCGUGGUCUUUGGUGCUUUCAUUGCGUGGAGAGUCCCUGAGACGAGGGGUCGACGCGAUGCGGACGAAGUAUGGGGUAGGAAGAAAGCGCCGGAUCUUGAGGACUAG